AUGUUGAGUGUUGCAAGAACAGCUUCAAGGUCUCUCCCCUCUCCAAACUGCUCAAGAAGUGUGUCCUCCUUGAUAAAGAAGGUAAAUCAGCCACAAUUGUUAGACAGUUGACCAAUAAUAUGUUAGUUUAAAUGUUUCCAAUAGGUAUAAUUGGACAUGAAGGAUAACUAAUUCAAGCAGCAAUGGCUAGUUAUAGCAACGUUAGCUAAAUGUCGCAGCUACAGUAGCAAGUUAAGAUCUUUGGCUACUAGCUAACUACUGUCUGAUUGAUAAAGCUGACAUUCCGAAAAAAGAAAACUAGUUAACAAUAGUCAUGUCGGAUAACUAACUGUUUGUCAGAGAAUAUGCUAGCUAAUGUUAACUAUCUUAAUGGAAGGCUCCCAUCAAGAAGAGCUAGCCAGCUAACGUUAGCCUGGUAUGGCGUGACUAGUUGUACUGUUAGUUAACUAGUUAACUUUCAGUAGCCAGCUAGCUAACUUUUCGUCUAGCCAGAGUUAGGUUAGAUGUUUUCUUUAACUACAUAAUGUGUUCUUCGUCUGAAUAGACAUACCAAGUAAUGUACAUUAGCGACUAUAGUGGGAGCUUACUAAGGCCGGGACAAGUAGAUGGCUAGCUAGCUACCUGCUUGAAGUCAUUGAAUUCCAAGACCGUCUACUGAUCUAACAUAGAUGUUUGCAUAACCACCUCGUGUUAAUUCAAUGCGUUUUAAAUCGCCACCCAGUGAGUCCGUAUCAACUCACUCAAACGGGGGUUUCAAGCCCUUUGUUAUUUUGUGUAAGGUAAUGUUAACAAGCUAAUGCAAUUUGCCGGUCUUGUUAUAAAGGGGUGCGUUAUUGUCUCACGAGGAUAUAACAUCUGUGACCUUCAGUGUGGUGUCCCAGGGCAUGAUGUUCAAAUGUCAUAACCAAACAUCAUUUUAGACAAGUUAUGUAGCUAUUUCAAUCUAAACUGCCUUAAUGUUGCUGGACCCCAGGAAGAGUAGCUGCUGCCUUGGCAGCAGCUGACGGGGAUCCUUAAUAAAUACAAAUGCAUUCAUAGACACUGUUUUAGACCACAUUUUGAUUAUUGUGUGUCAAUGCCCUGUGUUAAUUUAAAAUAGACCAGUUUGUUUGCAUUUAUUUGUUGAAAAGGGGUUUAGGACAGAUUUCACUAAUAAGUAGUCAUGAUAUGGUAGCUAACCAAUAUUUCCCCCAUAGGCUUGCUGGAAUGGAUUUCAGCAAGAUGCUCUCAGAGCUAUGGCCAGACGUGACUAUUCGUGAGUAUUCGUUACGGAAGUUUCUUCCUCUAUUUCCAAAUAAAUAAAUAAAUAUUUAAAUGCAUUAAUCAAUCAAUCAAUCAAAUUGUAUUCAUUAUGCCCUUUUUACAAUCAAUAUAGCACCCAAGAACAUCUGACCAUUUGUGCUUACCUUGAUUGACUUUACUUUGUUUUCCAGAUCAGAGGCAAUCAAAGGAUCAGUGAUUGGGAUUGACCUGGGUACUACAAACUCCUGUGUGGCUGUUAUGGAGGGCAAACAAGCAAAGGUCAGUUGAAGUUUUGAGAUGGUAAUGUUGUCACUCUCUGGCAUGUUAUCAAUCACAUUUAUUUAUAAAGCACUUUUUACAUCAGCAGUUGAGCAAGCAAUGUGGAUGUAGAAGUACAGGUUAUCAUUUCAGCACUGAUUUAACUACGAAUGUUUGACCUGUGUGAUGAAGAGAACCUCUCUGAAAUCAUCUUUCUAUAGUCCUUUUUCUAGAGUGUUACUGAAUAGUUUGUUGUGACAGGUACUGGAGAAUGCAGAGGGAGCAAGGACAACACCUUCAGUGGUCGCCUUCACAGCUGACGGCGAGAGACUGGUUGGCAUGCCAGCCAAAAGACAGGCAGUCACCAACCCUAACAACACCCUCUAUGCCACCAAGCGUCUCAUCGGUCGUCGUUACGAUGACGCAGAGGUUCAGAAGGACCUGUGAGUGUGUUUUGCUAUAUAUCUCUUAUAUACCUUACUGGCCAUUGUAAGGCAUCAUUAUUUGGAAAUUAUUUUGAGGUGUAGAUAAAUUCAUGACAGGGUUCUCAUUGUGGCUUCACAGGAAGAACGUGCCCUACAAGAUUGUCCGUGCUUCCAAUGGUGAUGCCUGGGUCGAGGCCCAUGGAAAACUCUACUCCCCCAGCCAGGCUGGUGCCUUCGUGCUGAUGAAGAUGAAGGAGACAGCAGGUAACCUACCUAUUAAUCAAUCUUCAUUGCCCCCAGAGGGAAAACUGGUAUGUCAAUUCUCUGGUUCCAACUACCCUUGUCUGUGUGCUAAAAAACAUGCACUCAUUGUAACAUUGUCUUGGUUUUAGAGAACUACAUGGGUCACAAUGUGAAGAAUGCUGUGGUCACCGUGCCAGCCUACUUCAAUGACUCCCAGAGACAGGUAAUAGCCUUACUUUAUUUCUUAAACUUUGUCUGCAUAAUCAUUCAUUACUGGCACACACUGGUGGCCAAAAGUCACUUUGUCACUAGCUAUGCCUUUGCCAUUGACUAAAAGAAUGGUGCUCUAGCAAGCAUCUCAACUUUUAUCAGUGCAUGCCAUGUGUAUUUGUGUGUCUGACUGCGUUUACACAGGCAGCCCGAUUCUAAUCUUUUCUUCACUAAUUGGGCUUUUGACCAAUCGGAUCAGCUCUAAAAAAAGAUCUUUACAACCCAGAUUGGAAACAUUUGUUGUGGUAUAGUAUAGAAAGACAUGACUUUACAAUUACUAGAAAGUAUUUUUAAUUUCACCUUUAUUUUGACAGGGAAGACCUAUUGAGACCUAGGUCUCUUUUCCAAAUGCGCUAUGUAUAAUACAAUAUAAAAUGCACAUUAAAUAUACAGUUGAAGUCGGAAGUUUAUAUACACUUAGGUUGGAGUCAUUAAAACUAGUUUUUCAACCACUCCACAAAUUUCUUGUUAACAAACUAUAGUUUUGGCAAGUCGGUUAGGACAUCUACUUUGUGCAUGACACAAGUAAUUUGUUUACAGACAGAUUAUUUCACUUCUAAUUCACUGUAUCACAAUUCCAGUGGAUCAGAAGUUUACAUACACUAAGUUGACUGUGCCUUUAAACAGCUUGGAAAAUUCCAGAAAAUGAUGUCAUGGCUUUAGAAGCUUCUGAUAGGCUAAUUGACAUAAUUUGAGUCAAUUGGAGGUGUACCUUUGGAUGUAUUUCAUGGCCUACCUUCAAACUCAGUGCCUCUUUGCUUGACAUCAUGGGAAAAUCUAAAGAAAUCAGGCAAGACCUCAGAGAAAAAUGGGAGACCUCCACAAGUCUGGUUCAUCCUUGGGAGCAAUUUCCAAAUGCCUGAAGGUACCACGUUCAAGCAAAGUUGUGGCAAAAUGGCUUAAGGACAACAAAGUCAAGGUAUUGGAGUGGCCAUUACAAAGCCCUGACCUCAAUCCUAUAGAACAUUUGUGGGCAGAACUGAAAAAGCGUGUGCGAGCAAGGAGGCCUACAAACCUGACUCAGUUACACCAGCUCUGUCAGGAGGAAUGGGCCAAAAUUCACCCAACUUAUUGUGGGAAGCUUGUGGAAGGCUACCCGUUUGACCCAAGUUAAACAAUUUAAAGGCAAUGCUACCAAAUACUAAUUGAGUGUAUGUAAACUUCUGACCCACUGGGAAUGUGAUGAAAUAAAUAAAAGCUGAAAUGAAUCAUUCUCUCUACUAUUAUUCUGACAUUUCACAUUCUUAAAAUAAAGUGUUGAUCCUAACUGACAUAAGACAGGGAAUUUUUACUAGUAUUAAAUGUCAGGAAUUGUGAAAAACGGAGUUUAAAUGUAUUUGGCUAAGGUGUAUGUAAACUUCCGAUUUCAACUGAGUGUGUGUGUGUGUGUGUGUGUGUGUAUAUAUAUAUAUAUAUAUAUAUAUAUAUAUAUAUAUAUAUAUAUAUAUAUAUAUAUAUAUAUAUAUAUAUAUAUAUAUAUAUAUAUAUAUAUGCGUGUACAGUGAGGGGAAAAAAGUAUUUGAGCCCCUGCUUGAUGUGGUGGUACUCCAUCCACACCUUGAUUGACCUGGCUGUGUGGCAUGGCACAUUGUCCUGCUGGAAAAAAACAAUCCUCAGAGUUGGGGAACAAUGUCAGAGUAAAAGGAAGCAAGUUUUCUUCCAGGACAACCUUGUACGUGGCUUGAUUCAUGCGUCCUUCACAAAGAAAAAUCUGCCCGAUUCCAGCCUUGCUGAAGCACCCCCAGAUCAUCACCGAUCUUCCACCAAAUUUCACAGUGGGUGCAAGACACUGUGGCUUGUAGGCCUCUCCAGGUCUCCGUCUAACCAUUAGACGACCAGGUGUUGGGCAAAGCUGAAAAUUGGACUCAUCAGAGAAGAUGACCUUACUCCAGUCCUCUACGAUCCAAUCCUUAUGGUAUUUUGCAAACCUCAGCCUGGCUCUUCUUUGCUUCUCAUUGAUGAAGGGCUUUUUUCUAGCUUUACACGACUUCAGCCCUGCCCCUAGGAGCCUGAUUUGAACCGUCCUCGCCAUGCACUUCACCCCAACUGCCGUUUGCAAUUAUUUUUGUAGGUCACUCGAUGUCAUCCUAUGGUUGUUGAGUGACAUUCGAAUGAGUUGGCGGUCAUCCCGUUUUCACCCUCUGCCGGUCUGUAGCUUUGUUGUCCCCAAUGUCUGCUGCUUGACCAUGUUCUUAUGAACCGCCGUCUUUGAAAUUUUAAGGAUGGAAGCAACCUGAUGCUCACUGUAUCCCUCUGCCAGUAAAGCCAGAAUUGAACCCUUCUUUUACUCACUCAAAACUUUCCUUUUCAACUCUUUUGGCAUGGUCAAUAGUUAUUUUUUGAUUAAUAUUACUUUUGAGGUACUAUUAGCACUGUUUUUACCAUCCAGCUGGUCCUAUUGCAAGAGGAUAGUGAUGACCACAGCAGUGGUUUUUAUACUUUUCCUCAUUUUAAAUAAGAUUUGGUUCAGGUGAUCACCUAAUCAGUACCUAAUUCAGUAGAAUGAGGUGUGCCUGUGUUGGAAUUCAACAGACACUGGAAUGGAAUGGCUGUCAAACAUGUAGAGAUGCUGAUUUAAGAGAAAUUUGCAGUGGUCUCUUAAUUUUUUCCACAGCUGUGUGUGUGUGUGUGUAUAUAUAUGUGUAUAUAUAUAUAUGUAUGUGUGUGUAUGUGUGUGUGUGUGUGUGUGCGCACACAGUAUCAGUCAAAAGUUUGGACACACCUACUCAUUCAAGGGUUUUUCUUUAUUUUUACUAUUUUCUACAUUGUAGAAUAAUAGUGAAUACAUCAAAACUAUGAAAUAACACAUGGAAUCAUGUAGUAACUAAAAAAAGUGUUAAACAAAUCAAAAUAUAUUUUAGAUUCUUCAAAGUAGCCACCCUUUGCCUUGAUGACAGCUUUGCACACUCUUAGCACAGAGUUCACUAAACUGCUUCUGGAAACAACAUCAGCACGAGAACUGUUCGUUAGGAGCUUCAUGAAAUGGGUUUCCAUGGCCGAGCAGCCGCACACAAGCCUAAGAUCACCAUGCGCAAUGCCAAGCGUCGGCUGGAGUGGUGUAAAGCUCGCCGCCAUUGGGCUCUGGAGCAGUGGAAAUGCGUUCUCUGGAGUGAUGAAUCACGCUUCACCAUCUAGCAGUCCGACGGACGAAUCUGGGUUUGGUGGAUGCCAGGAGAACGUUACCUGCCCGAAUGCGUAGUGCCAACUGUAACGUUUGGUUGAGGAGGAAUAAUGGUCUGGGGCUAUUUUUCAUGGUUCGGGCUAGGCCCCUUAGUUCCAGUGAAGGGAAAUCUUCACGCUACAGCAUACAAUUACAUUCUAGACGAUUCUGUGCUUCCAAGUUUCAGGAAGGCCCUUUACUGUUUCAGCAUGGCAAUGCCCCCAUGUGCACAAAGUAAGGUCCAUACUGAAAUGAUUUGUCGCGAUCGGUGUGGAAGAACUUGACUGAAUGGAAGCAAGUCCCUGCAGCUAUGUUCCAACAUCUAGUAGAAAGCCUUCCCCGAAGAGUGGAGACUGUUAUAGCGGCAAAAGGGGGGGAUCAACUCCAUAUUAAUGCCCAUGAUUUUGGGAUGAGAUGUUCGACGAGCAGGUCCACAUACUUUUGGUCAUGUGUUAUAUUUCUAAAAAUUUGAAGGAUCUCUAUGGGUCGUGUAGGCUUAGUCACCAGGUGGGUUAGGUUUAGAUCAUUACACAUGUUUUUUAGAUUGUCUGAAGCCUGCAUUUCCCAACCAUAAUUUAGGUCACCCAGGAUAAUAACUUCUGAUUUAAUAAAAGUCGACAAACUAGUUUACUCCACGAGUGCACAAAGGUUAGCCGAGGGAGGACGGUAGACCCCUAUAACAGUUAUGGAUACUUUUUCCCCCAGACAAAGGCUUAAAGAUAGUAGCUCAAGUGUUUUGGAAGAAAAAUUGAUUUCAGUAUAGAGACCGAUAAAUACAUUUUAAUAAAAAUAGCCACUCCGCCACCUCUACCCUGUCUGUCAGCUCUGAACACGUGAUAACCCUCAAUAUUAAUAUCAGAAUUAAGAAUGUCUCUCAGAGUAACCAAUGAUGGAAUGUUAUAAACUGACUUACAUGGGUUUUGGUUGCUAUCGUGCAACAGCCCAAGCCCUCUAUUUGAUUUGAAAAGCGACGGGGUAUUCAAGUUUAUGGAAUUCACAUUUGCACUAAAAGCACUGGGUGAGCAGACCACAGUGGGCUUCUCUUUUGAGUUACAGUAGCAGAUCUAAGAGUGGUGUUCAAACGAAUGGGUACACGAUUACAACUGACAACACCCCUGGCAGUAUAGACAACAGUACGACGAUAACGCUUAGAGAGGAUGUGAGGUAUUACCUGAGCGUGGCUUGGUCCGUCUCUGAGUCAAUAUCUUAACGCAGCCUCAAUAUGAAGAGGGGGUUUUACUGCAGUUUUACUGCAAGAUAUGAAUUGCCACAAUGUUUGUUCUUCAAAAUGUAUUUUAUAAAAACAGAAAUGAAUUAAAUAGCCCAUGUUAUCUUGAAAAAUAUAUACAACUUUUUUGUUUUUUCCUGUUUUCGCUCUCAAAAUAGAAAAACAACACAUUUGGUUGUUCUGAGUCCAUGACAAUAAUUAAACCACAUCCAAGAGACUAUUUGAGGUCUGGAAAAACUGAAAUAAUUUUUGGGGUGUAGUUUCCCUUUAAUUUAAGUGCACACUUAGCAAGAGGCUGUUUAGUGGAGUUUUUGUAGUGAACAUGUGAUGGUAGAUACCUAAGCAAAACAAAUACCCACUGGAUUGAUGAAAAUAACCAUGAUAUCAUUCUGCCAAUUAAGCAUAGGCUACUUUGUAGUUAACAUUUAAUUGACAAUGUUUUUGGGAAAGCCUCCAUCUACUAGAAGACUGUUUUCAUUAGCAUCAUCGCUAACGACUGCACAAAGUGGUAGACUCACGCACUGCAUACACACGGACGGGCAUUCUCGUUGCCUCUUCAGAUAGUUACAGGAAAUACGAAUCACUGAUGCAUUCUGUUCAUAUCUUAUGAUAAACUUGGGCAAAGUAAUACAUUUUCAAUACAUUUAGUUGUCCUACUAUUUAUUAUAUUGUUGAAUUCCGUUUUAAUGCCUGGAUUCUGUGAGGGUCCUAAUGAUCAUAUUUGGACCAGAAUUAGUCUCUCCACUACCUACCAGUGAUGAUUCAUGAUCUUCAUCAAAUGUUUUCAUAAUUUAUCUGCAGAUAAGCCUACCAGUAGCCUAUGCAAAUUAGGGAGUCAAAUGAACAACUCUCUAACCGAUGCAAUUCGGUAGGCUACACUGACUGAUGAGUCACUCACUUUAGCAUCACUGUCUGGCAAGCCCCGACAUCCUAGGAAAUAUUUUGGUUUACUUGUCCCGAUGCGAUACCAUGGACAUAUAACCACGUUGCAUGAUUUAUGAAUGGCAAAGGGAUAUAGGAGACUUUAUUCAGUCAGUUCGACACCUUUUUAUAAACUAGACAUCGACAUAGAAACGCAGUGGGCUUAUUUUGGACAGAUUUUGGCAAGAGUGAAACUUCUCGCUUCGCCUCUUCCUCUCUGCUGUGCUUCCCUGGCAUCGCUCGCUUUGUGACUGACAGGCACCUGCCCUAUCAAUAGAUCGCUAGAAGAUGCAUAUCGUUCAUUCUAGCAGGAGAGGGCUCGGUGGAAUAGCGAAUUGAAACUUUUUAACUAAAAGUAGCCUAGCAGGCUGAAAAUGAGUCUGUAACCGGCUGAUUAGCCGACAGCCGGCACUAAUGGAAAAUACUGGAUGUGUGUGUAAUGAGUAGGUCAUUUUGUUUACAGGCCACAAAGGAUGCUGGUCAGAUUGCUGGGCUGAACGUGCUGCGAGUCAUCAAUGAGCCCACUGCUGCUGCUUUGGCCUACGGUCUGGACAAGACUCAGGACAGAAUGUAAGUAUAACAACAACCCUACAAACUGCUGGAAACUUCUAUGAUACCUAAGCAAUGACCGUGACCUUAUUUGUAUCCAUGCCUUUAGCUCAUGUUUCACACCUGUCCCUGACUUGCAGCAUUGCAGUGUAUGACCUGGGAGGUGGCACCUUUGACAUCUCUGUCCUGGAGAUCCAGAAGGGUGUGUUUGAGGUGAAGUCCACCAACGGAGACACCUUUUUGGGUGGAGAGGACUUUGACCAGCACCUACUGACCCACAUUGUGAAGGAGUUCAAGAGAGAGGUGAGGGGGAAGUAUCCUGGGUAAAGAACUGUGACACCUUUAUCUGACCAAGCACCUCUGCCACAUUCAAGCCAGCCAUUUUUCAUCAAACCUUUGGUUUCUCCUUCCAGUCUGGAGUGGACCUGACCAAAGACAGCAUGGCUCUGCAGAGAGUGAGGGAGGCAGCCGAGAAAGCCAAAUGUGAACUGUCAUCAUCCCUGCAGGUGAGUUUCAUUCCACAGCAGACAUUUCUUUCAUUGCCUAAUUGGCAGGCUAAUGAUUAGAGUAUACAACACCUUGGUCAACAGAAAUGACGUGCUUGUAUUGUAUACAGUCCCUUGACCCCCAGGGUUUGUGUUGUAAGAUAUGUAACCCCCAGCUGUACCCUCACAUUGAGGCAGCCUUAGUAGAAGGGCUAACAAACAUCAAAUUCCACUGCAUCACGCCUCUGAGCAAGGAUGUCCACCAUCCAAAUGUAAGAUAUUUCAAGGAUGGAUGGAUGGUGCAAUAUGUAAAACAGGUAUAUGUUACCUCCCUCUCAAUCUUGAUAUAAAAAUGUUUACGGAGCCUUUUUCUCCAACAGACUGACAUUAACCUGCCCUACCUGACCAUGGAUGCCUCUGGCCCCAAGCACUUGAACAUGAAGAUGACCCGCUCCCAGUUUGAGGGCAUCGUGUCUGACCUGAUCCGCAGGACAGUGGCCCCCUGCCAGAAGGCCAUGCAGGACGCCGAGGUCUCCAAGGGGGACAUCGGAGAGGUGCUGCUGGUUGGUGGCAUGUCCCGUAUGCCCAAGGUGAGCCGAUCUCCCUGGUUCUAUCCCACCUCGUCAUCAUGCUCUGCCCUUCUCUGACCCUCCGUUCUACGGUCUCCUCUCAGGUCCAGCAGACUGUCCAGGACCUGUUUGGCCGUGCUCCCAGCAAGUCAGUCAACCCAGAUGAGGCUGUGGCCAUUGGCGCUGCCAUCCAGGGAGGCGUGCUGGCUGGAGACGUUACUGAUGUGCUCCUUCUGGACGUCACACCACUGUCUCUCGGUAUCGAGACCCUCGGAGGGGUGUUCACCAAACUCAUCAACAGGAACACAACCAUUCCCACCAAGAAGGGCCAGGUGCGGGACAAAAAUCCAAAUGUGUUUGUCUGGUGAAACCUAAAUGAAUUGUAUAUACUUAAUUGUCUUACCUCAUCAGUGAUACUGAUGCAUUCCUCCUCCUUGUGUUCAGGUGUUCUCAACAGCAGCUGAUGGCCAGUCCCAGGUGGAGAUCAAGGUGUGCCAAGGGGAGAGAGAGAUGGCAGCAGACAACAAGAUCCUGGGACAGUUCACUCUUGUAAGUGUCCUGGCUGAUUCAUACUAACUAAACUUACAGGGUAUAUUUUAAAGUCUCUGGUGUAUCUGCUGUAAACAAUGUCUUACUGAUGUUGUUUCUCUCAUGCAGGUUGGAAUCCCCCCUGCCCCACGUGGAGUACCCCAGAUCGAGGUCUGCUUCGACAUUGACGCCAAUGGAAUCGUCCACGUCUCUGCCAAAGACAAGGGCACAGGCCGUGAACAGCAGAGUAAGAUCAUCAAACAACCUGCCCUUGAAAUGGAUGCUUUCUGUUAGUAGGACUUCAGUAAUGUCUUUUUACUUUACACUGCUUCUCCUUCACUUCUCCAGUUGUUAUCCAGUCCUCCGGUGGCCUCAGCAAGGACGACAUUGAGAACAUGGUUAGGAACGCCGAGAAAUACGCAGAGGAGGACCGGAGGCGAAAGGUAGGUUUGACAUUCUCUUCUCCUCUUCAGCUGUCCGUUUCACUUUUAUCAGUUACAUCCCCAACUGGAGUUGUGAUGUGUUUUGAUGACUGUGUGACUGAAUGCUGACAGUUGUCCUUGGUGUCCUGUUUGUUUUUGCCCAGGACCGUGUUGAGGCUGUUAACCAGGCUGAGGGCAUCGUCCAUGACACUGAAUCCAAGAUGGAGGAGUUCAAGGAUCAGCUCCCUGCUGAUGAGGUAUGUGGGACCUUUUUAUAAUAAUAACACUACUAAUAAACACACUGAACAGCAAAAUGUACAUAACUAUGCCUCUGAAACAUCCCAAAUAUCUGGAAAUUCCAGUAGUCCUAGUAUUUUGAGUUUCUUCCCCCAUCUUUCAGUGCAACAAACUGAAGGAAGAGAUUGUGAAAGUGAGAGACUUGCUGUCACGGAAGGAUGAAGAGACUGGCGAAAACAUCAAACAGGCUGCCACCACCCUUCAGCAGGCGUCACUCAAACUCUUCGAAAUGGCUUACAAGAAGGUAAUUAUUUCAGCACCCCAACAUUGUCGAAUUGUUUUUUUUCUUCACUUGCAUUUGUAAAGGAUUAUGACCAGCCUGGAUUGGUUGCUUAGCCUGUCAAUCAAGAGCCCAACAUUCUUUCACAAUGGGUCAAUUGAUAUAUUGCUGUUAUAUUUAUUAACCAGCUGUUCUCCAUUUGGUCUCAGAUGGCAUCAGAGAGGGAAGGUAGCAGUGGCGGCAGCAGCUCUGGAUCGUCAUCGUCAGAAGGUGGAGCAGGAGAGAAGAAGGAAGGCCAGCAGUAA